GUCGCUGAUACAGAUGUGGCGGGGGUUGGAGGCCGACGCGGCGGUCAGUCCCAAGAGCAGCCCGGAGAACAGCGGCGACAACGCCACCUCCACCGCUGCUUCCUCGUCGGCGGACGAGCUUUUCAGCGACAACUCAGGGGAUUCGGAUUCCGACAUCGCGGCCGCUCCAAAUUCUUCCUCCUCGUCGAGGGAGAGGACCGGCCGGGUGGAGAACAUCGUGAGGAUGCUGAGUUCCGGGAACAGCACGCCAGCCGUCGCUUCCUCUCCAAAGAAUCCGGCGCCGGCGGCAGAUAACACAUCAAGCGAUCGACAAUACACGAAAGAUUUCGUCGCGGGAAUGGAACAGGAAAGGCGGCGUGAGCUUGCCGCACUGACCGAGCUCCACUGCGUCUCUCAGUUCCAGCAUCAUCGCCUUCUUUGUGUAAUCUGCAACUUAAACUCCAAUACCUCAUCCUCAAUUUCAUUCUCAUAGUUCAUGUUCAUCUUUGCAGGCAACAUUUGGGCUCACAGAACUAUCGACACCAAUGGAGUUUGAUGAAUUGCAUAAACGAACAGCAAUCUCACAUCCCAGGAGGAACCAAUUUCUUGAGAAACAGUGCAAAGAUGAAGAUUCUUAUCUUGCUGAUCAGUUCAAUGCUAAGAGAUAUGGUUCAGAAAGCACUUACCCUAACACCAACUCGUCGCGGGAAGGAAAUCAUAGCACAAUUGGUUCAUGGGAUGAAAGAAAUUUGUGUAUGGCAGACUUGUUACCUUCGAACGGUUGGCACGGUGAGGUGCAUCAGCCUUCCGGUUCGCGGAGACAAUGGACAGUCAGAAGGCAACCAAUGUGUGCUGGAUUCUUUCAGAAAUUUGCAGAUAAUGCCGAAAUGAUUGAGCUUUAUGAAAGGAGAAGAGUCUCGGAUUCCCUUGAUAGUGAAUUUUGCAACGAGUUAAACGCGAUGGUCUUAUCGUUGUUAGAGAUGCAAAGGAAACGAACUUUUGCUCAAGAUGAUAUUUCAAAUGAUGAAGAUCAUCCAUUUUGGCAAAAAAUGGAGGAGUGUAGUAACAAUUCUGAGAGUGUUGUUGAUAUCUUCUCAUCAUGUUCAACUGCUCAAAACCACACCAUGUGCCAGUCGGAAUGUCGGAAACAUGCUUCAUCCCCUCACCGAAAUGAUCUUGAAUAUACGGAUGAAUUAAGAGACGGUAUCGUGCAGAUACACGUAGAACUUCAGGAACUUCGCAAGUUAGUCGAGAGUUGUCUGAAGAAGCAAGUUGAACUGCAUGACUCUAUCAAGGAAGACAUUUUUGAUGCAAUUAGACAAUCAAUUCUUAUGCAGAUCUAACCGGGAGUAUCUUGAAUGGCUAUCUGCAACAAACAGGAACAAAAGGCAGAUGCUGUAUCUGUUUCGAUACUCCGCGAGUGAACUAGUUAGUGCAUAGAUAGGUGUGCCCGUGAACUACAACGAGGCUGGUAGAUCUUCGAUGGUCGGGUAUCGUUCAAGCAUUUCACAUUCCUUGAAGAGAUUUGUUCUCUUUCUUGAGGAUAGCAAACUCUCUCUAGACUCCAUCCAAUAGCACUGGAAUCUAGAUUAGAUCUCGAGUUAAUAGAUGUUCAAGAUCUUUUAACACAAAUUUUUUUAAUAUAUUUUUAACAUUUAAUUUUUGUUGUUCUUUUGUUUUUGGAGUAAA